AUGGCGGGUGCCGUGCCCGGGGCUGCAGCGCCCAUGGCCGACCCUCUCCUUACAGUGACCCCGCAGACGGCCACUGGUGCCAAGUGCAGAGAGGAGCCGCUCCGUGGGCGUGGGCAGAAGGACAGAGCAUUUUCAGACCCACAGCAGUCCUUGCAGGAGGCACUCUCCAUGCUGGACAGCGAUGACUGGGAACUGAAGAAGAAGGGACUCUUCAACAUCCCACGGCUGGCUGAGUCCCAUCCAGAAGUCCUGCUGUGUCGACUUCAUGAGAUUUGCUUGGCAGCUACCAGCGAGGUGACCAACCUCCGGUCCAAGGUGUCCUGCUCAGCAAUCGUCACUCUGGGAGAGCUCUUUGCCAUCUUGAAGAAGGACAUGGACUCCGAGGUGGAUGAGGUUGCUGCGGUCCUUCUCCCCAUGGUGUGGAACUCGCCAGAGUUCAUUCAGAAGGCAGCCUGUCAGAGCCUGGGGAUGAUGGUAGAGAACGUGACUCCUGCCCGAGCAAUGACUGUUCUCAUGGACAGGGGAGUCAAGAGCCGCUACGUCCAGGUGCGCAAGUGCGCGGCCCAACUCCUCCUGUCCUUGAUGGAGAAAAUGGGAGUCACCAAGCUCGCAGGCACCCCCAGGGCUGAGAGGCUCCCACAGGUGGCAGGGAGACUGGCUCAGGACUGUCACAAGGACACAAGGCAUUAUGGACAGGAGAUGGUAAAGAUGUUGCUGAAUAAUCAAAAAUUUAAAAAGCUUUUGGAGCAAUCCCUUUCCCCACGUGACCUGGAAGAUAUUCUGACCAGAAUUAAGAAGAAGGAGAUGGAAAACCAGCAGGGUGAACGCCCCUCUGUCAAGGAGCCCAUGAAGAAGAGGAAUGAUGGCUCAAAGGAGCCCCAGUCCCCAUUGCCCUCUAGCAAACGGGUGAAGUCUGCCCCUGGUGGACGCCUCCUCCACCGUCCAAAAGCCCAGGUCACGUUACCUGCAACUGUGGAAGGAAGGGAGUCACUGCAGAAGCUUUACCAUCUCCUGGAAGCCAAGGGGUUUCAGACACGGAUGGAAGGAGUGGCACUCCUCCUAGAUCUGUGCAAAACCAGCCCCCAGCUGAUCUCCAGUAACAUUGUCCAAAUUUUUGAUCAUUUUCUCCUGAGAAUCAAUGACACCCAUAAGAAGGUGAAGCAGCAGGCACUGGAGGUGCUGGCAGAAAUGAUUGGAGUCCUGGAAGAGGCCCUGAACCCGGUGAUGGUCCGUUUGGUGGAGGGAAUAACAAAGAACCUGAACUCAAAGGAUCCCGGGGUUCAUGCCGCAGCUGUGACCGCACUGGACCAAUCUGUUGUUCAUUUAGAUGAAGUGUCACUGAUGAAAGAGCUCAGCCACCAAUGGAGCAAACUGAGUGGUGAAGCCCUUCUGGAAGUCACAGAGUGCAUCACAGUGCUUGUGGAAUGGGUUCAUGCCAGGAGCCCUGAAGUGGUGCAGCACUACGCCCUGCCCGUGCUCUGGUCCUGCCUGGAGAACAAGGCGCUGCCGGUGCGAAGCGCCAACGUCUGCGCUGUGGUCACCAAGCUGGCCUGUGCCCUCUGCGAGGUGAUGGGCACCCAGCUGAUUACGUGUGCUGAGAGCAAGCCUCCACACGUGCAGGAAAACCUCUCCAGCCUUUUGGGCUGGUGA